UGUUCUUGUGGGCGGGCACUCGCUUUCGGAUUAUAAGGUUUCAGGCAGGCCCACCUUAUCUGCUGCCGGCCAAAAAAUAAAAAGAAACUUGCCCUGAUCAGACACAGACAUGUGGGCCAUGCUGGGACCUCUGUCAGUGACUGCUCUUAGCUUGCGAUGACUAGUUAUUAAGCAUCUCUGUGGACUGAAUUCCAACCUCAAACUCCAAGGCUAGGAUGCUUAAUUAGAUUUUUUUUAUAUUUAAUUAAUUCCACAGCAGCUGUGUGCUACGCUGGUAUAUUCCAUAUGAAAACAACUAAUCAAGUCUGUCUUGAUGAUGGUUUCCCUUCCUUUUUGCGAAAAUGAAGUAGGCCUGACUCCAACCGUGGGCUCAUGGCCCAUCCAAAAAAUCAACAGCAACCAAUCAACAAAGUAGGCCCACCGCAAUCCGCAAAGUGAAGCCCGGUCCGGCUACCUCACCACUUCUUCUCCAAUCUUCCUUCCAUCCCUUGGAAGAAGCCGCCUCCUCCUCCCCCUCCCCAGCUUCCCGCUCUUCACCCACCACUGCCCGUGCCCAUCCCCAAAUCCACGGCCUCCGGGGUCCCGAUGAGGCACCCCGCCACGGCGCCGCUCUCGAGCCCCAAGUCUGGCGCCAUCAAGCGGCAGCGGCCGCUCAGCGACGUCACCAACCGCCUCCUCCCCGAGACCCCGACCCCCAUCAAACCCAGAAGGACUGGACUCCGGCCCCUCCCCACGCCCUCCGACGCCUCCUCGACCUGCUCCUCCACCGCAUCGGUCACGCCCGCACCCCAGCCUUCGUCCGCCGCCGUCAUCGAGGAGGAGCGCAGUGCGGCUAAAUCCCCCAUCUCCACGGUUUACGCGAGGCGCGGGACUACUGAGACUCGAAGGAGGAGGAGGACGAACCCCACCACCACCACCCCCCCCAAGGGCAAGGAACCCGUUGCUGCUGCUGGAACGGCGAGUUGCCCUCCUCUUGGAAAAGCCACAAGGAAGCACAGCAGGAAAGACUCUAUGGCUCAGGAUACCCAGCCCAUUUCUUCUUCAGCUCCUUGUCAUGGAGCUAAAAAGAAGCGGCCCCCUCCAAGCACACCCAAGUUGCCAGAAGACUUUGUGAAGAAGCAGAGAGCAUACUUUGCAGAUGUGGAUGCAUUUGACCUGCCCGAGGAAGAGGUGUCAGAAUCUGAGCUCGAGUGAAAACUGAAGCUGAUCCCAGAAUAUAUGGCCAUUUUUUUUCUGUACAGAUGUAGUUUACUGGAAUUACGCUUACAAUGUAAGUCUGAGUUAUGGUGGUAGCAAUGUAUAGCUCUGGUAACACGAGGAAGAGGCAGUGUAACCUUUUACUGAUCAGUAUUCAGUGGUCAUUGGCCCACCAUUCCACCAACGACCCUUUUACCAAGCUUGUAUCAUAGUAGUACGACAAAGAGAAAUACUGAGACCUGAAACGAAGCAAGCUUUGGCUGCUUGAGGAAAUGAGCCAGUUACUCUGGAUUA